CCUCGGAAGCGCUGAAUGGAUCUCUGCGUGACCAUCAAAGGCGUCUCGUUCCUCCUGCAGACGGGUCUGGGGAUCCUGGCCAACGCUCUGGUGCUGCUGGCCUACGUCCACAUGGCCCUGACCGAAGCCCAUCUGCAGCCGGUCGACUCCAUCCUGAGCCACCUGGCCCUGGCGGACCUGCUGCUGCUGCUGACCCGGGGCGUGCCGCAGACCAUGACCGUCUUCGGCCUGAGGAACCUGCUGGACGACGCCGGCUGUAAGGUGGUCAUCUAUGUGUACCGCGUGGCCCGGGCGCUGUCCGUCUGCGUCACCUGCAUGCUGAGCGUCUUCCAGGCGGCCACUGUGGCCCCGGGGCUGUCGGGCCUGAAGCUCCGGCUCCCGAGGCUCGUCGUGCCCAGCUUCGCCGCGCUCUGGCUCAUCAACAUGGCCGUGUGUAUCGCCGCCCCCUUCUUCUCCGUGGCCCCUCGAAACGGCACCGUCCCGCCCUUCACGCUCAACCUGGGCUUCUGUCACGUGGACUUCCGCGACCACCUGUCGUACGUGAUCAACGGGGUGGCCGUGUCGGUGCGCGACUUCGCCUUCGUGGGCGCGAUGCUGGGCUCCAGCGGCUACAUCCUGGUUCUGCUGCACCGUCACGGCCGGGCGGUGCGGGGCCUCCGCCGCUCACAGGGCUCCAUGGAGACCCGCGCGGCCAAGACGGUGGUGAUGCUGGUGGUGCUGUACGCCGUCUUCUUCGGCAUCGAUAAUGUGAUCUGGAUCUACAUGCUGACGGUGCCGCAGGUGCCUCCGGUGGUGGCCGACAUGAGGGUGUUCUUCUCCUCGUGCUACGCCUCGCUCAGCCCCUUCCUCAUCAUCUCGUCUAACAAGAAGGUCAAGGCCAGGAUGGUGUGCUCCAGCUCCUCGACCGACCCGGAGCGAGCCGAGGACAAACCUGCCAAAAACUGCACUUAGCACUAACACUAACAAAGUCGCCUUUUUUCUCUGAAUUGUGAGAUAUAAACUCGCAAAAAAAGACUAUGUUUUCAGAAUUCUGAAUGUAUAACUCACAAAUCUGACUUUAUAUCUCACAAUUGUGGGAAAAUAAGUCAGUAAAUAGCCAAUAAGUAAACUGCUAGUUUGCAUCAAAAAAGUCCGUGGGAUAACCUCACAAUGACCUUUUUUAUUAUUCAGUGGAGGAAAAGGGCUUCCAUAGUUCUUCUGAACUUCCUAUUUAUCAAAGAAACUUGAACAUUUUCAUUUUAAAUAUAAUGUUCUGUUUAAAUAUAAUCUGCAAAUCAGCAUAUUUGAAUGAUUUCUAAAGGAUCAUGAAACUGGAGCAAUGAUGUUGAAAAUUCAGCUUUGAAAUCACAGGACUAAAUCACAUUUUUUUAAUAUAAUAAAAUAUAAAACAGUUAUUUUAAAUGGUACAAAUACUUAGUAAUAUUCCUGCUUUUUCUGGAUUAAAUGAAUGUAGGCUUGGGGAGCUGAAGAGAAAAAAAACAUUAAAUGUCUUACUGUUUAAAAGCUUCUGACUGAUGAUAUAAUAUAAUAUUAUAUAAUAUCAGAUGUUAUUAACCGUGACUGUCUGUGUUUGAUUGUUAAAAGGGCACCUAUUAAAUGAACAGCUUGAAAGCAAACUGCGAG